AUGACGGAGCUGACCGAUAUUCACGCUGAGGAAUUGAUUCGCAGACUUUGGCACCAGCCAACAAUUAAUUCUUAUGGUCAAUACGGAAUUCUUGUCAAGAAUCCAAGCCACUUCUCCGCCGCUUAUACGGACUACUAUCAGCGUCAGUGGAUCACUAUGGCAGGCCAAAAUGGCAUUCAUGUGUGGUUCAAAACUCCACAAGAUCUGAACGCAUUCAUUUCGCACAUAUCUGCCGCAGAGUCUCUGGCCAAGGAAGAUCUGUCAUCAUACCUCGAAGAGAAUUGGGGCACAUCGCUGGACAGCGAGCAUGGGGGCCAUACCCUGAAUCUUGCUCUCAGCUUACUGCUCAUGGUCAAAUUUGGACCGACAAUUGGGGAGGUACAGCCGCACAUCUUCUUGCAGUGGACAUCCGGCUGCCUCAAAGAGUGUCUCCGUCGGCAUUUCAAUGCAGACCCAAUUCUUGACACCCAUGAAAUUCGACUUUCCCAGAACUUCAACGCUUGGUCUUUGAAAACUAUUGGGGCAAUCGAAAUAGGCUUUACCGAUAAUCUCGAUGACCAUUUGUUUGAUGCGGACGAGAACGAAGAGGACGACGAGGAUGACAACGAAAACAAUUGUCAACAGCAAGAACAAAGAUAA